AUGCUUUCAAUAGAAAAAGAAAAUUCAAGAGUUGCUACAACUAAACCAUUAGAUGAACUUUUUACUAAUAUCGGUCAAAAGUUUGAGACAGAGACCGUAAAGCAUGAAGGCUAUCGUUUUGACUACCCAUUAAGAUGGUUAAGAGACCCAUCCGUCACAAAAGCUAUUGGCUUUCGUAGAAUGAAGUUCAUUUCAGAAGCCAUACAUGGUUUCCCAUUUACGGUCGGUUUUGAAGUUCGAUACUAUAACAAAGAAAAACGUAUGUAUGAGAAAUUUGAACAGGGAAAACUUUUACAAGUGAAUUUGCUUGUAAACUUAGAAACAACUCUUCAAGCUUUUCAAGAAAAAAUAAACGACAUCUAUAUCGAAUAUGCAAACCAGUAUAACAUUGACGAGGGAGAGUACCAUCUCGAUAUUAUUUAUGACAGGAAAAAUGCAACUGUUAAAAUCAAUAGAAUAGAAGACCUUGGAGAAAACGUUUAUAUUUCUACAAAAUAUAACAACUUGGCAUGGUAUAGAUUUAUGAGGAUGUUAAAUCAGCCUGCAGAAUAUCCAGUACACCCGGACUUUUAUGAAGUCGAAAACCCUAAUGGAACAUAUGAAAAUGUUUUCGACCAAGAUGCUGUGAUAGUUCAUGCUUCAUUUUCUGGUGCACAAAACUCUUUUUUAUGCUUGGCAAAUGA